AUGAUUUUGACUCGCGAGGAAAGUAAUGGUGCAUGUAAUUCAUUGUUGAAAUUGUAUGCAGAAUCUGGAAAGAAAGAAGAGGUGCACCGAGUGUGGGAUUUGCAUAAGCAGAACAUGAAAAUUCUUAAUAAAGGUUACAUUAGUGUGAUGAACUCAUUAAUGAAAUUUGGUGAUACAGAAGGAGUUGAGAAGAUCUUUGAGGAAUGGGAAUCAGAAGCCUUGUCCUAUGACUUCCGUGUUCCAGAUGUUUUGAUUUGCAGUUAUUGUAGAAAUGGUCUUUUGGGGAAGGCUAAGGCCCUAAUGGACAAAGGGAUGUCAAAAGGGGAUCUAGUCCCAGAGGCUGUAGAAGCAUUGAAGAAGGCCAUCUCAAUAUGCCCGCCUAACUAUAAGCCUAGCAGGGAGACCUUAGCUACAUGCGUAAAAUACUGGGAAAAGCAGGGAAAUGUGGAUAAUGCGGCGGAUUUUGUAAGGUCUUUAGAACCGGAUCAUAGCUUCUCACCAGUUUUCCGUGACAAGUUGUUGUGCUUUAUUAAGGAAUAA